AUGCAUCAGGGCAGCUGGGAUGACCAAUGGGUUCUGCAGCCUUUUUGCUACAAAAGCCUCAAGCGUUUGGAACCCACCGUGGUUCAGCUACUUCUCUUUUUACCAUGUCGGAUGAUGCAGCUGCCACUGCACCAGCUGCCGCAGUGCCAGCUGGAGCUGCACCACUCACUCGUGGACAAGACCGGCGCAGCAAGGGCCGUGCUGAAGCAGCAGCUGAAAGAAUCGACCAAAGAGAUUCGCAAGGAGGCAGGCUUACGACGGGUGACCUGGCUUGGCUCAUUGCUCGCCGUGCAGCUGAGUGAGGUUACAGCAUUCAUGCUUCCGAAAAGGAUGCGGUUGAGCUGCAGCAGAAAUCAUCCUCAUUUUCUUCAAAAGCAGAAGGUGAGCUAUGCGGAUGCAUACGCCGAAGGCGUUGAAGUCAACAUCCUUGAUUGCACCACGCAAAUUGACACUCACCUCCCGGAGCCUCAUCCUUAUCAUCUCAUCACACAAUUUUCAGCAUAUUGCCGGAUGUGGCGGCAGCUCGGCUGCUGGCGGCUGUGGCGGCUGUGGCGGCUGUGGCGGCUGCUGCUGGCUAUGGCGGCUGCUCGUGGAUGCAGCGGCUGUGGCGGCUGCUGCUGGCUGUGGCGGUUGCUCGUGGAUGCGGCGGCUGUGGUGGAUGCGGCAGCUUGGUGGAUGCGGGUUGCUAUGGCAGAGGCCAUCGGCUUCAGCGCCAUCACCUGGAGGGAGGGUUCACAUCAUAUUGGCACUUGUUGGCUAGAUUUUCCUCCUAAGUUUGCAAGUAGAUGA